AAGUUACUCCUCAUACCUAGGCACUAGGCAUUAUCUACCCAAUUCCCCUUAUCCGCCAACUUUUCGCUUGUUUUCCUCUCAAUGAGACGUCAACUCAUCUCGAAUUUCUCACCUCCCCAUCCAAGCGAUGUAUCUCGGAGGAAAUCAAAGAAUCAUGCGCAUCAUGUGAUUACUGUGCUCUCCCGUCUUUCAUGGAACGAGCGAGUGAUCCCAGAGUCGGCUCUGCGCGGGACAAUAGCAGCUCGACGACCGUUACGUCUAUAGGUUCAAGCAGCAAUUCGUCGUCACUGUCGUCGCUUUACGCAACGUUAUUGCCCGUCCUGGUCUACACAGCGAUAUGUAUCAUCAUAUUCGUAAUCGGGCGUCGCAAAUCUCCCCGGGUCUAUGCGCCAAGGUCAAUCUUGACAAGUCUUGACCCUCAUGAACGAAGCCCCAAGCUACCGACAGGAUGGUUCAACUGGAUUCUUCCCUUCUGCCGAAUUCCCGACACCCAUGUACUCAACCAUUCUUCUCUUGAUGGGUACCUUUUCCUUCGCUUUUUGAAAAUUUUGGUGGUUAUCUGUUUCGUCGGCAUUUGUAUAACAUGGCCCAUCUUGUUGCCCAUCCAUGCCACUGGGGGAGGCGGCCUCACCCAACUGGAUCAACUUGCAUUUGGAAACGUGGUUCAUUUGGAUAGGUUCUGGGCCCAUGCAGUGGUACUCUGGAUCUACUUCGGUUUUGUGUUGUACAUGGUAUCGCGGGAAUGUAUAUACUAUGUUCAUCUUCGCCAGGCUUAUUUGCAUUCACCAUUCUACGCCAAACGCUUAUCCUCGAGAACAGUCAUGUUUACCAGCAUACCAAAGGAGUAUCGUGACGAGGCCAAGCUUAAAAAGAUCUUUGGGGACUCUGUGAGGAACGUGUGGCUCCCCAAGUCAUCCAAAGAGCUAGCGAACUUUGUUGAUGAAAGGCGACAAACAGCUUUGCGUCUGGAAAAAGCCGAGUUGGCGCUGAUAAAGAUGGCCAAUGCAGCGAGGACCAAGGCUAUGAAAACAGGCGACUUUGCCAUCAAGGAACGCCCACAUCCCAACGCAGCCAAGGGCUCUACAGAAUCUUCGGCAAGGGAGAUGGAUCAAAAGCUUGUUAUGGACUCGCCCUCAUCAGUCCGAAGACACUCGAAGGACAUUUAUGCUUCUGAAAAGACCGAUCUCGAGUCUGAUGCGGCCGUUCCUCUGCCUGAUGUGAACGGUUCUGUCGCUUCUCAAUGGAUCCCCCACAGCGCAAGACCUCAUCAUCGACCAAUUGCCAAUGGAGGUCGUCGCGUUGAUACCAUCAAAUUCACCCGAACGAGACUGAAAACGCUCAAUUUCAUGAUUAGGAAGCUACGACGUCAGCAACUGACGGCUAAGGUCAAUCCAAUGCCUGUUGCAUUCAUUGAAUUCACUUCUCAAGCAGAAGCGCAAAGUGCAGCCCAGACAUUGACACAUCACCGGCCGAUGCACAUGUCACCGAGUCACAUUGGUGUCCGCCCUUUCGAAAUUGUAUGGAAGAAUCUGUCAAUGACGUGGUGGGAGCAGAUUUUACGCCAAUUCUCCAUUGAUGCCGUUGUUGCAGUGCUGAUUCUGUUCUGGGCAAUCCCCUGUGCUGGUGUUGGGAUUAUAUCCAACGUCCAUUACCUUGCGGAAAACGUCUUCUUUCUUCAUUGGAUCGAUGAUCUUCCAUCGCCCAUCAUUGGCUUCAUUAGUGGUCUACUCCCUUCACUGGCCCUGUCUUGGAUUAUGAACAUUGUCCCGUUCAUCUUACGGAAAUUGGCACGCGCUGCUGGUGUUCCCACGCUGACCUUGAUUGAACUGUACAGUCAAAAGUGUUACUUUGCUUUCCAGAUCAUCCAAGUGUUCCUCAUCACCACGUUGACAUCUGCGGCCUCCGGCGCUGCUACACAGAUUGUUGAAGACCCAACCAAAGCCGAAAGUCUUCUCGCAAAAAAUCUCCCCACAGCCUCCAACUUCUACAUCUCUUACAUACUCGUCCAAUGCCUCGGUUUUGGGGCCUCACACCUGGUUCAUGCAUCUAGUUACUUUCGCCUGCAGGUUAUGCGAAAGUUCACUUCUAACCCUAGAAGGCUCUGGGAGCGAUGGCACGGGCUUCGACAAGUACAUUGGGGAAAGCUAUUCCCGGUCUACACAAAUUUGGGAGUGAUUGUCCUAAGCUACGCCUGCAUUGCCCCUCUUAUUUUGGGAUUUGCUGGCGCAGGCAUAUGCUUUGCCUAUGUCGUGUAUCGCUACAACCUGCUCUUUGUUUAUGACUCCGAAGUCAGCACCAUGGGUCUUUCGUAUCCUCGUGCCCUUAUGCACUUACUAGUUGGCGUAUACUUUGGAGAGGUAUGUCUGGUUGGUCUUUUGGUACUGAAGAAAGCAUUUGGUCCUCUCGUCAUGUCAUUGGGCCUCCUCGUUUUCACGGUCCUGCUGCAUGUGUCACUGUACAAUGCCGUUGGACCGUUGCUCAAUGCUUUGCCGAAAACGCUUUCGCUAGAAUCACAAGGGGAGAGAGACAAGGGUACAACACCAACAGGGGAAAGGAACGCCACGAAACCUCCCCAGCUCCCAACACCAGAAAUACUUGCUUUCGAUAACUUCGAUUUCGGUCAAAGCAAUGAUUUCAAUUUUGGGGAAACUGCAUCAUCUCAUCAUUCACAAAAACCCAUCAACACCACCGCUUCCGACGAAUUUGAUUUUGGCCAAAGCAACAACUUCGACUUCGGCCAUAACGACCCUCCGCGCGACCAUGGAGACUCCGCCAAAGAUGACGAGGAUCAAGAAGAGGAUGAAGAUGAGAUCCACCACGAACCAGGUUCCAACCGCGCCCUCGAAGGCGCUCCGAACGCUCUUUCGACUGUCGCCUCCUUUGUACAGGGCCACGCCCUGAAGAAAGCCUCCAGCUACCUCGACUUCAAAACUGUCUCUCACCAUUUCCGUUUCCUCAACAACUGGAUUUUUCCCUCCCGUCUCACGAAUCCUAAACCCAACUUCUUCAUCAAGUGGCUUCACCCCGAAGUCUAUCAAGAUUACAGCGUAUUACGAUCAUUGAUCCCUCACGAUCAAUACCCAGAUCCAAAGUACUCCUCGGAGCUGGAACGGAAUAUCUACUAUCCGCCAUGUAUGUAUGAGGAGCCGCCUCUGCUUUGGAUCCCGAGAGAUGUAGGGGGUAUAAGUAAGCAGGAAGUACAACAUACGAAGAAAGUCAAUCCAGUGACAGAUGAAGGCGUGGAUAUCGAUGAAAAGGGUGCGCUCAAAGUAGAUUUGGAAGGGUUGUGGUUGCUGGAGAAAGAGGCGGCGAACAAAUUGAGGUGGUGAGGUUGUAGUUGAUGCUUGACGACAGUUUCCGUGAGUGACAGGGGCCCCGUGCCCGAGCUCAUAGAGGCAGCGUCCAUCCUCGCAGAAUAAUAGGGAUAGAUAUCAGCCACGACAGGCUCGGGCCAAUAGAUUCUGCCAUUUAUAGCUUCUCACCAUAUACGGACUAGGCUUGGUG